CAGAAAAUUAAAAACGGCCACACUCUGCUCAGUUUUUGUGCAUGACAAUUUUUAUUCAGCCGAUUUGCCUUUUUUGUAACGAAAACAGGCUGUCAGUCAGUAGUGCCCCGGCUCCGUAAACUGUUAAGCAGCGUUUCGCAAGUAGCAACAUAAUGUCGGCAGCAGGCUCAAUUCCGCCUCCAGUUUCCUGGGCUCAGCGCAAUGACUUGGUCUACGUCAUUAUUGAUGUGGAGUGCAAGGACAUCGAACACAAAGUAACGGAAAACAGCUUCACCUUCAAGGGCGUCAAUGUGCUGGAUGCGUCGAAGAAGUACGAGGUCACACUAAACUUUCUGCAUGAGGUGGAUCCCGAGAAGGUGACCAGCAAGAAUAUUGGCCGAUGCCUAGAAUUCACAAUACCCAAGAAGGCGACUGGCCCCUACUGGUCCUCCCUGACCACGGAUAAGACCAAAUUGCAUUUCCUGAAAGCCAACUUUGCCAAGUGGCGCGAUGAAUCCGACGAUGAGGAGGGUGGUGAUGCCAAGGACAACGGCAUGUUUGGCAAUUUCCUGAACAGCCCUGGCGGCGACUGGAACAACAAGUUCGACGACUUCAAUGUCGACGACGAGGAAGAGGAUUCGGAUGACAACAUCCCCAGCCUAUCGCAGAAUGACGAGGACGAGGAGGAGGGCGGCGAGGGCGACAAGAAGAAGCCAGCUGCUUAAACGGUGUUUAGCACUUUGGCGUAGUCGUAGCGUUGGCCGAGGCGCUUGUACCAUUAAGUCAACACGAACACAAUCACUCCUUCUCCCACGCACUCUCAAGAAAAAAUCACCCAGCCACAUCGCCCAUCAAAACAUCCGCACACGCAUGCGUACAUAAUACACUAUUCCAAUCGAAAAGAAAACCACAUUUAAUUUAGAUGAAUAUACGUAUUCAGGGGAGCAAUGUUAACAAGAAAUAACACAAGGAACAAGAUGAAUUAGCGCCGACAAGGGAAACACAUAAGUUUACGCUAGAAAUUAACAACCGGAGGAAAGCUACAACCAAUUCAUUGCAAAAUCUGAUUGCAAUUUAUUAUUUUUGUUUCCUGUAAAUAAAGGAAAUUUCAAUAAAACAAAACUAAAAACCCAAAA